AUGGCAGAAUUAGAUAAGUCAGCCACUGCGAGAAACACAUUACACGAUGGUUUGUGGCUUAAUAUGGACAUUUUUCAAAAGCACUGUCUUUCACAUGAACCAUACCAGGUGGCUUAUAAAUUCUUUACCGGACAAAGUACUCUUGAUUGUCAAAGAGGUACAAGAAAUGAUAAUAAUAGAAUAAAAGUUAGUACAAUAGCAUUGUCAAUUCUCUCCAUAAAUGCUUCCAUUUUGAAAUGUCGUUGUCUUAGUAUAAUUUACCAAAAUCCCAAUUUAAUAGGUCGUACUUUAAAUAGUCCUCUGUGUCUCAAAAUGCUGCUUGUUAUUUCAGUAUUUCAGAUGAAUAGCUUUGCGUAA